CCCGGCUAGGCGUCUGGACGCCGGGCCAGGGCGGGCGGGGAGCGGCGGCGCGGGGCAGCGGAUCGCGCGGAGGGCGGCGGCCUCGGCCCGCCGAGCCAUGGCGGCCCCGGAGCCGGCGCCGAGGCGGGGCCGGGAGCGGGAGCGGGAGGACGAGAGCGAGGACGAGAGCGACAUCCUGGAGGAGAGCCCGUGCGGCCGCUGGCAGAAGCGGCGGGAGCAGGUGAACCAGGGGAACAUGCCAGGGGUCCAGAGCACCUUCCUGGCCAUGGACACGGAGGAGGGGGUGGAGGUGGUUUGGAAUGAGUUGCACUUCGGCGACAGGAAGGCCUUUGCCGCGCACGAGGAGAAGAUCCAGACCAUGUUUGAGCAGCUGGCCCUAGUGGACCACCCUAACAUCGUCAAGCUGCACAAGUACUGGCUGGAUGCCUCUGAGGCCCAUGCGCGGGUCAUCUUCAUCACAGAGUAUGUGUCCUCGGGCAGCCUCAAGCAAUUCCUCAAAAAGACCAAGAAGAACCACAAAGCCAUGAACGCCCGGGCCUGGAAGCGCUGGUGCACGCAGAUCCUGUCCGCGCUCAGCUUUCUGCAUGCCUGCAGUCCCCCCAUCAUCCACGGGAACCUGACCAGUGAUACCAUCUUCAUACAGCACAACGGCCUCAUCAAGAUCGGCUCUGUGUGGCACCGCAUCUUCUCCAAUGCACUUCCGGUCGAUCUUCGAAGCCCCAUCCGCGCGGAGCGCGAGGAACCGCGGAACCUGCACUUCUUCCCGCCAGAGUACGGCGAGGUUGCUGAUGGCACUGCUGUGGACAUCUUUUCCUUUGGGAUGUGUGCACUGGAGAUGGCUGUGCUGGAGAUCCAAGCCAACGGGGACACCCGGGUCACAGAGGAGGCCAUUGCUCGGGCCAGGCACUCGCUAAGCGACCCCAACAUGCGGGAGUUCAUCCUCUCCUGCCUGGCCCGGGACCCCGCCCGCCGGCCCUCUGCCCACAACCUUCUGUUCCACCGCGUGCUCUUCGAAGUGCACUCGCUGAAGCUCCUGGCAGCUCACUCCUUCAUCCAGCACCAGUGUGAGGACCUCAUGCCUGAGAAUGUGGUGGAGGAAAAGACCAAAGCGUUGGACUUGCAGGCAGUCCUGGCAGAGAUCCCCCGGCCCCCGCGGCAGUGGCGGUACUCGGAGGUCUCCUGCUUGGAGCUGGACAAAUUCCUGGAGGAUGUCAGGAAUGGGAUCUACCCUCUGAUGAACUUUGCUGCUGCUCGGCCCCUGGGGCUGCCCCGUGUGCUGGCCCCACUCCCCGAGGAGGCCCAGAAGGCCAAGACUCCAACACCAGAACCCUUUGACUCAGAGACCAGAAAGGUGAUCCAGAUGCAGUGUAACCUGGAGAGAAGCGAGGACAAGGCGCCCUGGCAUCUCACUCUGCUUCUGGUGAUGGAGGACCGGCUGCACCGGCAGCUCACUUACGACCUGCUCCCAAGACGACCGGACGAAGCUGGCCGCCUUCCUGGAGAGCACCUUCCUCAAGUACCGCGGAGCUCAGCCUUGACCGCACCCCAGCCCCUGGAGACCAGCCGUGCCUGCCCACAGGGGGAAGCUCAGCAUUGGCCCGGGGUGGGAGAACCAGGGGCCGCCUUCUGCCUGCAUGCCUAGGAGCUAAUGACCAGAGGCCUGCUAGUGAGGAACCUCUGCUUCCACAGCUUCGGAGGAGCCCUGGGGUGGGGGUGGAGGGAGUGGUUAUGCCCUACGUCCUUAGGAUCAGGAUUCCCCCACCCAGCCUGCUUCCACAACUCAGCAUCCCUUCCCAUAUCCUCCAUUUCCUGGCCAAGAGUCCCCCCUGCCUACCCCCCCAAGCUAUCUGGUCAGUGACUGAGCCCUCAGCAUGGGGGAGGAGGCCUGGCAGGGAGCCACAGUGCUGGGACAUGGGAGUCAGCCCAGGACAGAUGUCUGCCCAGGGAAAUGCUCCAUCCUGGGUUGGUACCACAGACCCACACAAGGAACCCCCACCUCAUGCCAGUGGUGAAGCAUCUGCAGGUGUCAGGCAUGGCGCUGGGUGCUGGGCAGGCCCCUGACCUGGCGGGAGAAGCAGGCAGCAGAGACAAGAGUCCAAGAAGCUCAAGUUCCCAGCUCCAUGUGGCUCUUUCACCCCACCCUCCAUCCAAUGCAGACCUGCUCUGGAGCCCCUCUCUGACUUUCUGCUGCUCCGAGACCAGGACCUGCUGCCUCCUCUGCAGACACUCUUCUGGCCCCUGCCACCCCCUCCAAAGGGCUAUGUUCUCUCCUGCAUCCCCUGGGCUGGAGAGGUCGGGGUCAGGUGUCCACCCUGCUCCUCACUGCGCCUCCUCUCAAACUCACCACCUCCCGCAUCCCCUCCCUCACCUCCCCGUGGCAGCUGCCUCCUGGGGUCCCUGUCUCUCCCACUCAACUCCCUUCCCACCCCCCCCCCCUCAGUCCUUGAUUCUCUUGGAUCACCUCUCCUCCAUUUUCAAAUUUAGUUAAACACUCUUGAACACUUUAAAUUGCAUGUAUAAAUUUAGUGCCUUCAGGUUUCUUUUUAAGCAUUUCAAAUGUCAAACCAGGAAAUGUCACCACUGUAUUAGUUCUCUGUUGCUGCUAUAAGACUUUACCACCAACUUAUUGGCUUAAAACAACACAGACUUACAGUUCUGUAGGUUGGAAGUCUGGUACAGGUCUCACCAGGCUAAAAUCAAGGUGUCAGCAGGGCUGCAUUCCUUCCUGGAGGUUCUAGGGGAGAACCGUUUCCUGCUCCUUCAGGUUGUUGGCCUGCAGGUGUGAGGCAGGGUGCUGGGCGCUGGGCAGGAAUUCAUUUCCUUGCAGUGGUAGAGCUGAGGUCCCCAUUUUCUUGCCUGCUAUAAACUGAAGGCUGUUCUCAGCUUCUAGAGGCUGCUGCAUUCCUUGGGUCAUGGCCCCAUCCUCCAUCUUCAAAGCCAGCAACGUUGGGUUGUCUUUCUUAUGAACCAUCUGUCUGGCUUUCUGCAGCCCAGAAAGCUUCAUGAUUAGGUUAGGUCCACCUGGAUAAUCCAGGACAAUCUCCCCAUAUCAAGGUCCUUAAUCACAUCUGCAGAAUACCUUUUGCCAUGCAAAGUAACAUUCACAGGAUCAGAGGGUUAGGUCAUGGACAUCUAUUGCGGGGGGGGGGGGGGUCAUUAUUCCACCUACCACACCACCCUAACCAAAAACCAAAACAAAACAAAUUUACCAACACAUAUCUAAUAAAUUAAAUGUAAAAAUAUAGUGAAUCUCAAGUUAUCUUAAACAUCCCAGUACUCUUUACAAAAUUAUUCAAAUUCUUACACUUUUCAACUUAAAAUUACAAAUCUAAAAUAACUUACAUGUCUAGCUGGAAAUCCUGAUGCUAAGAUGUCUGAUUCUGCAUCGUCUUAAACAGUUUGCGUGUCAAAUGCAUAACAGAUUGUGUACCAAUGAUUAAACUGAACUCAAAAUUGUGGAUACCACCAUUGCUUCAUUUAAUUGUGCCUACAUUGAGGUUUUCAUUUUAACUUUUAUCUUUUCAAAGGGGUAUACAUAUUAUUUUAAAAAUGGAAUGAAUUUUUUUAGGCCAAUAAUAAAUAAAUAAUAAAUACAGUCUCCAACCAUGAUCCUUUCCAAAUGCAACUCUCUUAGCUGUUUCUUCAGGCACUUAAAAUUCAUGUUUCAAAAAACGACAUACAUGCUUUUACUCCUUUUUAUUGGUUUUUCUACAUUAGGUGUCCCCUGCUGGCAUCCUCUGGGGGAAGGGGAGUCACUGGUCUCAAUCCCUUGACCCAGCAUCAUCCCAGUGUGAAGGGUAUUAUAGCUUCAUCACCACAGGUCUCAGCAGAGAACAAGGUGUCCUAGAAUUAUAUUUGCUUUCUUGCACAACUUUUUGUUUUUCCUGGGGUUAAUAAUUGCUUUUUUUUUAAUUUGCUUAGUUUUCUAUACAUUUCUCAUUAAUUCAUCCUUAGAUUCUCUUGCAGAAGUGUGAACGUCCUCUCAAUACUUGAGAUUCCUUGCACAAUUGACUGUUCAGUUUAAUCUUUUCCUAGAGCCCCCACCAUGCCCACUGUCUGCCCCAGGCUGCUUGUUCUUGGGCCUGUGGCCCAGCUAUCAGCAUGAGUUACUCCUUCACCAGCAUCCUGGAGCACCUCCUUUCUCUUGUCUCUGGAUCCCACACUUUCCUCAUUCGCCCUCUGUUUGAGGAGGAACAACCUCCAAG